AUGGGCAAAGGAGAUCCUAAGAAGCCAAAAGGCAAAAUUUCACCAUAUGCAUUCUUUCUGCAAACUUGCAGGGAGGAGCACAAGAAGAAGCACCCAGAUGCUUCAGUCAACUUUUCAGAGUUUUCUAAGAAGUGCUCAGAGAGGUGGAAGACCAUGUCUGCUAAAGAGAAAGGAAAAUGUGAAGACAUGGCAAAAGCGGACAAGGCCCAUUAUGAAAGAGAAAUGAAAACCUACAUCCCUCCUAAAGGGGAAACAAAAAAGAAGUUCAAGGAUGCCAAUGCACCCAAGAGGCCUCCAUCGGCCUUCUUCUUGUUCUGUUCUGAAUAUCGCCCAAAAAUCAAAGGAGAACAUCCUGGCCUAUCCAUUGGUGAUGUUGCAAAGAAACUGGGAGAGAUGUGGAACAACACUGCUGCAGAUGAUAAGCAGCCUUAGGAAAAAAAACUAAAGAAAAAAUGCGAAAAGAAUAUUGCUGCCUACCGAGCUAAAGGAAAACCUGAUACAGCAAAAAAGGGAGUUGUCAAGGCUGAAAAAAGCAAGAAAAAGAAGGAAGAGGAGGAAGAUGAAGAGGAUGAGAAUGAAGAAGAUGAAGAUGAAGAAGAUGAUGAUGAUGAAUAA